UGUUUACUUCGAUUGAAAGACAAUAUUUUAUUUUGAUCAUUGAUACAUGGAAAGAUUUUUAGACUAUGUGUAUUGUUAAAAAUGAAGUUAAUUAACACUUGUAUAGAUAAACAUAGGCCAUGUGUAUGAGAAUUCCACCAUUGGCUCUGAAUUGUUGCUUCAUUUUGAGAUAAUUACUUGUCAUUUUUUCAUCUCAUCAGAAAUUAUUUGUUGUUGUGAUGAUUGUGAUAAAUCUCAAUGAGAUAGUACUGGAUGCUUAGAAGGAAGAGGCUUUCUUUGAAGUUAGAAUAAAUAUCUCAAUUGAAUUUAUUUCUAACUGAUUACGUUUCAAAAUGGCUAGCCGAACAACACCAAAUGAUAAGAUUAACUUAAGACUCAUUUUAGUUAGUGGUAAAACAGCAGAGUUCCUGUUUUUACCAAGUGAUUCCGCUGCCGAGAUCACAGAACAUGUAUACAGUCACUGGCCAAGUGAAUGGAAUGAUGAACAACUACCAUCAUCUAAUAUAUUGAGAUUGAUAUAUCAAGGAAGAUUUUUACAUGGAAAUGUUACCUUAGCAGCUUUACAAUUACCAACUGGUAAAACAACAGUUAUGCAUCUGGUGGCAAGAGAGAAUUUACCAGAGCCUAAUAACCAAGGCCAGUUAAAGAAAGAUAAAAGUGGAGAAAGUGGAUGUAGCAAUUGUUGUGUUGUACUAUAAUGAUGGUGGACCUUAUUCUGUCUCUCUAUUUUAUUUCUUCUUCUUACUCUCACAAACAGAUAUCACAACUUGACAAAAGAUUAUGAACAAUUUUCAACGACAAACUCCACUUGUACUUUUUUAUCUCUUGUUUCUUAUUCAAGUUAUUCCUAAUUUUGUCUUUUGAUUUGUUAAUGAAUACACCUAAAAAAUGAUUUUAAAAACCUAUUGCUCAUUUUGCUUUUGGUCUGAGCAAAAUAUUCUUAAUUUGUGCAUAAUUAUACCCUAAUAUAACCCUAAAGUAGAUGUGGAAUAUUAGGGAUUGAAAUUGCUCAUUAAGUAGAAUAAAUUGAAAAAUUAAUUUUUAAAGCCACAAAUAAAUCAUGCUUUUUGUUAUAUUGCACUUUCACGCAUUCUGUUUUUAGCUUUAGGGCGAAAAAAUCAAAAUCACCUCAUGGAAAAUUUCUGUUAAUUUUUUUUUUUUUAAAGUUUAUGUAAAAAAAUAUCAUAUUAUUAUGUUGUUUCUAUUAUAUUGUUUUAGACAUAAAUAUAUAUAUAUAUAAGUUAUAUUCAUUCAGUUCAUUUUCUUUUUGUGAGCAGACGGUCAUUUGUGAAGGGAGGUAACUCUCAUAGACUGGGAAUAUCCUUAGAGAUGUGUUUAUCAUGAGGAUAAAAUUUCUAUCGAACUGAAAAUUCUCCCUGCAAAUGGAAUCAAUAUUGUGAUAUAUAGUAACAUGGAUAAUUAUUCAACCAUUUACAGUGAACAAGACUUGCAUUAUUUGUGAAAAGAAAGUGAGAAAAAGCUUGCCAUUAAAGAAAUGUGUUGUAAGAAUUCAAAUUCUGGACUAUUACAAAAUCUUAACAAGGCGUUCGUGAGUGAAGCCUUAGAGUGUAGCAUUGUAGGAUACCUUAUGGACAUGAAGGCUUUCAGGUAGUGUGCAAUCGGCAACAAAAAGGAAUUAAUGAUGCUGUGAAUUUGAGUAUUAUUGGUGUCGUCGAUGACAGACGGGCAAUUUGUAUAUAUUAGCAUGACAUUGUCUUAAUGUUUUACAGAAGAUUUUAACUAACUGAUAUUUACUUGUGUAAAGUUUCUUGGAUCAAUCAUGAUGGCUGUCAACAUUCUUUAUGUUUUAUCUUGUAAUUAGGUAUAGUCAAGCAAGCUUACACCUCAUGACACUGUGCUAUUUAGUGUUCCAACUUUAUUUUGAUGUAGUUUGAGUUUGACAAUCUUCAUAUAAAGAUGGCUGGAAAAGUUCUUGAAGUUUUAAACGUUAAUAUUGUCAUCUAAAUAUAUGUAUUAGCAGCUGUCCAUAUCACCUUUCAAAAUCAAUAUCAGAUAUCAGAUUUCCCUACAAUUCAUCUGAGAUGAUAGUAUAAACUUAAAAAGUUUUUGUAUAAUUGAAAGGGAACAGAGAAUCAAGAUUUUGAUUCUGAAAAGAGAUACAGCUGGCUGGAAUUGACCUCUUCUAGUUUGUAAAGCAAAAUAAUAUUUAUAUGGUACCCUGAAAGCAGAUUUAUAGGCC